AAGGCUACCAUGGAAGAGUUACAUUCUACCUGGGAGAACGGGAUGAAACCAUAGAACAAGUUAACGAAAAGCUCCUCUCCUACCCGUCACGCUUCAUUGCAGAGCAGCUGACUUUUAUGGAUGCUGAUCUUUUUCGGAAACUUGUGCCCAACGAAUGUUUAGGGUCCAUCUGGUGUCAACGAGACAAGGAAGAAAACCAGCAUGUGGCAUCAACCGUCUGGGCCAUCAUUACACAGUUCAAUAAUGUUUCGAAAUGUGUCACCAGCACCACAUUAAGGCCUCAACAGCUGAAACCACGGCAGAGGACUAAAAUAAUUGAGAAAUGGAUUAAUGUUGCCCAGGAAUGUAGGAUUUUGCAAAAUUUCUCUUCAGUGCGUGCAAUUAUCGCUGCAUUGCAAACGAAAAGUGUAUUCAAGUUGCAGAAGACUUGGGCAGCCAUGUCAAAGCGGCUUGGAAGUGAAAUCUCUCUUGCUGCAAUGAGAUUUACCAGAACUACUGCAAUGAAGGGCUUUUGUGGCACAAUGGUAAUGUCCCCAUCUCUGGGCUUUAAAUAAUCUGGGUUCAAAUUCUCCCUGCCCCAGAGAUGUGCCAAAACAUAUCUGAACAUUUUGGUUAAAAUAACUAUAAUUAUUGCAAAAAUGCUUCACUGCCCUUCACAGUUUCUAUUUCUUACUUAUUUGUCAGAUUCCAUGUCAGCUGUUUGUUAACUUGAGUCUAUUCUGUCAAGAGUAAUUUGUCUCAUUCUCUUGACGAGGAGCAGUAAGACAACAUUCAAAGCGCUUUCAAAUAUAUUCUCUGACAAAGAUAACCUUCGGGCAAGUAGACAGCUAAAAAUGCAGGUAAGGGGUUGCACUUGGCCCAGUGUAUCUAUAUUCAGGGCAUGAUCAGUAUUUUCAAGCAAAAUAUCUGCAAUGAACUAAAUUGGUGACUGAAUGCAUACAAAUACUGUCAAUCAAUAAUGCAACAAGGAAUAUAUGUAUUGCAUUUUGGGGGGUCGAGCUUGGUUCAAGUCUUCCAAGAUCGUUUUGUCAUGAUUCUUAUAAUUGAUGUGGAUAUUGCAGUUAACAUUUUAAUCAGCAUCUAAUGCGGUUAUGCUGCCAGUGAUGCAACCUUCAUAAUUAUCUUUCUCAGUGUUCAUUAUCUUGGAAAUUUGAACUCUUGAGCAAUGUAUAAAGCGGGAUAUGUGCCAAUUUUCUUUACUUUUGCUUUGUACACUUGGAGGGCCUUGUAAUUAAUAAAAGCCAAGGGGAAACAUUAAGAGCUUUAA